GUGCCCCAGAGCUUAGGGAGCAUCACCAUUAGUCGUCGCUGUAGGACCUGCUCUUCCACUCGGACACGUCCUCCGACGAAGAUUACAAGAAGGAGAAGCGGAAGCGGAAGCGAUUGAUCCAUGGACGAAGAAAGGACAGCGACGACGACGUCGUCGUGGUAAUCGAACAGGUGGAGUCGGCGUGGAGUUGCGACCGAUGCACCUACGCGAACUCCGUGGGGAACCAAACAUGCGAGCUGUGCAGUAACCCUCGGCGUACAUUGCCAGCGACGAGAUCAACCAUGACCACUGCACCGCCCACUCCACGACGCCGAUCGCAAGAUGUGAGAAAAUCCAAGUCGAAACCACUGGUUACCGCGGCCACUCCGUGGACCUGUCAAAUCUGCACAUACAUCAACGACACUCCCUGCAUCAAGUGCAGUCUCUGUGACGCAAUUCGUCCAACCAGAACAAAGCUGCCCGCUCAACCGCGGCGGCAGCCUUCCAUGGAAUCGAUCGACAGCGCUAGCGAUGACGACUUUUCUCAUCACGACACAUCCAUGUCUUCACAACCGUCGCGACCGUUCUCCCAAGGAAACGAUCGAUCGCAUCCUCCCAGCAUCGAAGUCGACACUGCGUUAUGGAACGACAAGUACCGGCCCCAUGGGAUGGUGGAUCUGGUGAUUCACCCAAAAAAGGCGCAAGAAGUGUCUGACUGGCUCGUCCACUCGACCCACCAACGCAUGUUGUUCCUCUGCGGGCCUCCUGGCACCGGCAAGUCGACGUUGGUCCGUUCGUUGGCGACGAAGCUGGGGAUGGCUGUGAAAGAGUGGCAAGAUACCACCGGCAUGUCCAACCGGCAGCACAAAGCCGCUGCCAUGGACGACUUUAGCUCGUUCCUAGAACGCAGCCAGCGAUACCCGAGCUUGGCAUUUUCCAGCAAGGCAUCUCAAACGUCGUCCAGACAUGUGAUCCUCGUGGAGGAAUGGCCGUCCUUCCACGCUGAUCAUCGCGCAGAGUUGCAGCGCGUCCUGCAGCGCCGCCUCGACGCACAGGGCGACUAUGCCGCGAGUCCGAUCGUGAUUGUGUACAGCGAUGUCCGCGAAGGCAAGGUCACGACCAACAUGCUCGCAAAGGAAUUUUCUGCACAAGUCAUGCAGUCGCCUCUAGUCCACGUCAUUCACUGCAACCCCAUCGCCCCCGGGAUGCUAAAAAGGUACUUGACGCAAAUUGCUCGGAAGGAGCGGCUUUCGGUGUCGGCCCAAGACGUGGCGCAUAUCGUCGAGAGCUGUCGAGGGGACAUUCGGCACGCCAUGAACACGCUGCAGUUCCAACGCACGACAGACUCUAACAGCACCAGCAGCAAUGGUGGACGGGAUCCGUUCCUGUCGGAUUUCCACGUGCUUGGGAAAAUACUCCACCGAAAAGGUAUUCUGGUGUAGAAACCCGUACGUUUAUAUAAAAGGAUAUGACUCACGGGCAGAUCUGACGGAUGAAAAAUGCCGGUUGAGCCAGACGAGCCUCGACACUGGCCACGUCUUGGCCAUGGUCCAUCAGAAUUGCUUGCCGUAUUUCACAGACAUUGACGACGUCGCCCGCGCGUUUGACGUGUUUAGCUUCACCGACACGCUGCUGCACAGUGUCUACCACGAUCGGUCCAAUUCCAAUGUACAAGAAGGAACCUAUCUAUGUUGGGUAAGGACUGACUGGUUUGAUGCUCUUGGUAGUACUUUUACCACGCCCAAGGGAUUGCCCAAGCCAUGUUGGAACGCACGAUGCACGUGACCAAUGUUCAUGCAGCCCCGUCGACGUUUCGGCCGUUGACGCGGUCCCAACUAUACUCGACAUCUCAACAUGCGCAAGACACUAACCAGUGGAAACAAGGGGCGUCGUACCAUCGAGAUGUGAGGCCGUACGAGCGAUGGUUGCCGCAGACGUCGUCAGCAGCCCCGACACUGCUCGUGUCAGCAGACGACGUGGACGACGAAAUCGUCGACAGCGACUGAGAUUACCUCUAAUCUACCUUCAACAGCACAUUGCACUUGAACGUUCGUUACCAACGGCAAAGUCAUAGUUGUUGAGGCCAUUGCAAAGAUACAGACGGUAGACCUCUAUUCGUUCAACUCGAACAGGGUCAUGUGUUGGAACUUGAGCACCUGACCCAUAUAUAUCAGUUUGGAAUGAAAAAGGAUGGAUGGAUGAUGAUCGUUUGCACCUCGUUCCCGACACACGUCCAAUGGGGUCUCAACUCCCUGGCAAAGAUUUCCAGCUUGGCAUCGCCUUUUUCGUCGAUACCGAACGGCGCCACGGACGGCAGCAGCGGCGGCUUC